GAUGUCUCUGUCCCGCUGCUGUAAUGCUCCAUCCUUUCUCUUCACCACCAAGAGGAACACUCCUGCAGGGACCAAACUGAGGUACGAGGUGGACACCAGCGGGAUCCUUCCCAUCACCACGGAGGUCUUUAAGAUGUUCCCAGACGACAUGCCGUACUCCAAAUCACAGUUUAAAAGAUGCGCUGUUAUUGGAAAUGGAGGCAUCAUCAAGAACAGCAAGUGUGGAAAGGAGAUUGAUUCUUCAGAUUUUGUUUUCAGAUGCAACGUUCCACCCAUUAAUGAGAAGUACUCAGCAGAUGUCGGCACUAAAACAGAUCUGGUGACAAUAAAUCCAAGCAUCAUAACUGAGAGAUUUCAGAAGCUGGAGAAAUGGCGUCGUCCAUUUUAUGAUGUCCUUCAGAACUAUGAGAACUCCUCAGUGGUGCUGCCUGCUUUCUACAACACCCGCAACACUGAUGUUUCUUUCCGAGUCAAGUACAUGCUGGAUGAUUUUGACUCCCAGCGGGGCGUGUUCUUCUUCCACCCACAGUAUCUCCUAAAUGUGCAGCGUUUCUGGGCGGUGCAGGGCGUCCGGGCGAAGCGGCUCAGCAGCGGCCUGAUGCUCGUGACUGCUGCCUUAGAGCUGUGCGAGGAGGUCCACCUCUAUGGAUUCUGGGCUUUUCCCAUGAACCCCUCUGGCAUUUUCAUCACUCACCACUACUAUGACAACGUCAAGCCACGCCCCGGUUUUCAUGCUAUGCCCCAUGAAAUUUUCAACUUCAUUCACAUGCACACUCGUGGAAUUAUCAAAGUACACACGGGGCGGUGUAGGUGAUCCAUUAGCAUUCUUUUUUUUAAUUGAUGAGUGUGUUUUUUUUAAUAGGUCAGUUCACAAAUUGUUUUGGGCAGUGCAUACUUACAGACGUGAAGGGAAAUAAAAGUCACCUUCUUUCAGUUCUAUACAUAUCAGGACAUAAAUGUUUUUACCAGUUUCUAUUGAUAUUUUUAAUGUAACCCAAAGUGUACAAAAACAUGUAGUGCUCCAAGCUUUUAAACUGCACUGAGACGCUCUGUUUUAUGGGGUGCCGUUUGUAAGUUACACAGUCAAAAAUUA